CCGUGCCUACGCAUCAUUCUUUUCUGCGCUGGAAUGGGCGGGCCACAGGAGCAUGGCGUCGACCGACCGCAUUCUCCGCGCCCGUGUAUGUCGUAGGGAGCUACAGGGCUGCAGCGCGGAUCCGCGUUCAGGCAGCGCAGUGAACACCCGGGCGAGGCCCCGCAGCGCGUCACGCCCCGGCGCCGCAGCGGCCGCGCUCCAGCUCACACCCGCCCCGCAGCACGCACGCGCACUGAGCUCAGCAUGAGGGUCGCAGCGCUAAUCAGUGGUGGGAAGGACAGCUGUUAUAAUAUGAUGCAGUGCAUUGCUGCUGGGCAUCAGAUUGUUGCUUUAGCAAAUCUAAGACCAGCUGAAAAUAAAGUGGGGUCAGAUGAACUGGAUAGCUACAUGUAUCAGACAGUGGGUCAUCAUGCCGUUGACUUAUAUGCAGAAGCAAUGGCUCUUCCCCUCUAUCGUCGAACUAUAAAAGGAAAGAGCGUGGAUACUGGACGAGUGUACACCAAAUGUGAAGGUGAUGAGGUUGAAGAUCUCUAUGAGCUUUUGAAACUCGUUAAGGGCAUCACUAGAGUGACCUUGCUUGCUGAAUAUGAUGCUCUGACUCUCCAAGAUUUUCACAUGCAUUUGGAAGUGGGCAGCCAGGCGAUUGUUUACAGGACUCCAAGUGAACUGUGCACUCACUGCAAGUUUGAUAAACACACAUUUCCUCCUUUUAUCAGCAAGAUUGCAGAAUGUAAAGAAAAAGAAGAAGUAGAGGGAGUAUCAGUAGGUGCUAUACUUUCUGACUAUCAACGUGUUCGAGUAGAAAAUGUGUGUGAAAGGCUUAAUCUCCAGCCUUUAGCUUACCUUUGGCAGAGAAAUCAGGAAGAUUUGCUCCGAGAGAUGAUAUCAUCUAAUAUUCAAGCAGUGAUCAUCAAAGUUGCAGCUUUGGGUUUAGAGCCACAUAAGCAUCUUGGAAAAACCCUGGAUCAAAUGGAGCCUUAUCUCUUAGAGCUUUCUGAGAAGUAUGGAGUCCAUGUUUGUGGCGAAGGUGGAGAGUAUGAAACGUUCACUUUGGAUUGCCCUCUAUUUAAGAAGAAAAUAAUUGUGGAUUCAUCAGAAGUAGUGAUACAUUCAGCUGAUGCAUUCGCACCUGUAGCUUAUCUACACUUUUUGGAAUUGCACUUAGAGGAUAAGGUGUCUGCAGUACCUGACAACUCCACAACAUCUAAUUGUGUAUAUAAUUCUUGAAAAGCAUUUUUGUAAUGGUUUACUGACCUACCAUUUCUAUAUGAAAAAAAAUUGCAUAACAUUUGCUUGAUUAUUAUGACUAGAUUUUUCUCAUUACUGUUUUUUUCUGGAUUGUUUAUAAAUAUGUGCCUUCAUCAGAAGUUAAUAGAGCCAUCGAUUAAUUGAGGAAAUGUGAAUGCCUUGUUCAUUAAUAUUGCCAACUUCCUCAGGAUUUGCUCUUUCUGUCCUUUGUUAACACAUCCUCCUUCUGACCUGAAUGUGAUACAUGCUUUUUUUUCUUUUACUUCAUCUCCAACCCUCUUUUCUGUAACCUGUCUUUGCUUUCAUCACAGUGAUUUCUUUUCCUCCUUCUCUUUUUCCUCCUCCUAUCUCUACCGAUAAUGUUACGAUGCAGAGAAGAAUUUGAAAAUGAGGAUGAAAAGGCAAUCACUUUAUUUAGCUUGCCAAAUUUAUUCUGCUGGGUGUCAUCAAUGUGAUCUAUCAUUUUUUUUUCUUUGAAUAUUUUCAUUGUUGAAGAGCUUCAACAUUGUUGACUGAUCAGAAAGAAUAUCAUUAACUUUCACUGGUUAUUUUAUAACUGCUAACAAAAUGACCUUAGAGAACUCUGUUUUAUCUUCAGUAUUAUAACUUAAUAGUUAAGACUUUUUUUGUAGCAGGAAACAGGCUUUGAGGUAGCAAGAUUAUUAUAGAAAUGGGAAACUCGACAUCUUCUCAGUGUGAGUUCAGGGGAAAUAGUGGGAGCUACCUUACCAGAAUCUCAUUGCAUCUCAAUGGCUCAUAUUAGCUGGCAUCUUAUUCCAGAAUCAGUCAGAUUUCAGGGUACAGCUUUGGCCAAAUCACCGGCUUUACUUCUGAACCCACCGAGAUAGUAUAGAAGGUGGUUCUCUGGAGGAGAAAAAAAAAAGUGUGGUUAUCAAAAGAAAAAUGAAUAGAUGCUGGGAAGCAAAAAUGACAGAUACCCACAUAUUUUAUCAGAAUCACAUUGCUAUUUCAAACUCAUAUUAACAAAUUAAUUAACACUUUAUCCUCAAAUGCUGUACCUUGAAUAAAAUGCCUUUCCGAAACCUAUAUCUGUUCCCUAAAUUCCCUGUUUCCAUUUGCUCAGUGACGUUGUUUACAGUCUAGUUUGACCUCAGUUACUUUGAUGAACUGCGUUGGCUUUUCUUGAUCCUCAUAAGUCUAAUCCUUUCCCUUAAUAGUACUGGCCACCAUCUCCUUUUUGAAAUUUUCCCCUGUAAUGCUUAUAUAUCACUGUACUCUUUUGACUUUUAUUCUCCCUCUCUCAAGUUUUCAUCUAUCUCCUUCAGUAGAUUCUCAUCUUCUUACUUUCUGUGUACAUAUUCUUCAAGUUCUUUAUAUAGCUCUCUUCUUUUUUUUUUUUCUUCCAAAUAUUCUCUCUUUCAGGAAUUUUAUUCCUGCAAAUUUGCUUAUUACCUCUAAGCAGAUGAUUCCCAAGUCACUCUCUUUCUUGUUUUUAUACUGCUCUUUCUACUCUAUCUCCUUAACUCUAGCUCCUUAUUCCUAACUGACUGCUGGAUGUGGCAGUAUGUAUCAAUCACAAUAUGUACAAACCUUGAACUCAUUAUCCUAUCCAAAUGUACUUUUUUCCUGUUUUUGUUAUUUAACGUGAUUUCUUCCCCUUAGUAUCAAGCACAGUAUAUUGGCAUCAUCUCUGACAGCUUUCUUUUACUUGCCAUUGACAUUCAGUUGGUUAUCUAAUCCUUUAUAUUUGAGUUCUAAAAUGUCUUUUGUACCAUUCCAUCCCCAUGCCCUUCUCUCUAGUUAAAGUUGUGUCUUGCCCAAACUGUUAGGCAAGAUACAGCUUCUUUGAGUAGACUCUGCUUUCAUUUUCUCCAAAUUUAAUUCCACUGCCAUAUUGAUUUUCCUUUCUGUAUUUUAAUUUCCUGCAUAAAAAUUCACAGUAGUGCUACAUUGUCUCCUAAAUAAAUAAAUGACCAUGAAUUGAAGGCCAUCUGAUAUUCUGCAUAUGUCCUUUUUCAGUCUUGCCCCAUGACACCCCUACAUAUAUCCUUUGCCCCAGUAGUACUGAACCAUUGGACACUCCCUUAUUAUCCCUUCUGAUUCUCUGCUCCCUUGCCUUUGCUCAUUCUAUCUUAUCUGCCUUCCUUUCUUUAACUGUUUACACCCUGCCAGUUAUACAAAGUUCAUCUCAAAUACUUUCUCAUUUAUUUAGCCACACCAGAAGAAUCGCUGUAGCUCUGUUUCUCCUUUUCUUCUGAUAAAUACUUUUAUUCGGCUUUACUUUAUAGUCUGCAGGCUUAAGAUUCUACCAGAUUGUAUAUAUCUUGAAAACGGAAACUGUUAUUUUUUCUUUUUCAUAUAUACCCUUUGUAACAGUUAUUAGGUCUGCAAUAACAAUUUUUUAGUUUAACUGAUUAUUUUCGUACUUUAUUUUUUCUUCUUACGGGCUUUUGAUACACAUGCUUCCAUUUCAUAUUGCACAUCUUUUAAUGACAAGUCAGUUUACUUGUUGGUUUUUCUUUCAUAUCUGGUUAUUAGAAAAAAAUGCUUCAAGCAAAUUAGAAUGUAAAAUACAACUUUUAGAGAGGUUACUUAUAUAAAUUUUACGUUAUCACUUAGAUUUUCACUUUCUAUAUGAUGACCCUUAAACUUUCCUAUUAGAUGAUCUAUUUGAAUUUUACCUUUAAGUAAAAUCUUAAAUUAUUAAUGUGAUUGUAAAAAUGAUAUCAACUAAACAUGGGAUCCCAAGCAAAAUAGCUGGAUAAUGGAAGGCUCUGGGUUAAAAACGAGGAAAUAUAUUAAAAUUUCUUUGGGGCCCUGACUUUAUUGCUUGUGGCAAACUUGAUGCUAAAAUGUACCAUUCAUCACUACUAUGACAGGUUUGAGAAAAUGAAAAAUACAAAGCUUUACAUAAAUCAAGCAAAAAAUCAUAUUAAAAUGCAUGACCUUUUACAGAAAAAUCAAAAUUUUUACUUUUAACUAUUCAGAUGCUCUCUCUUCCUUAGGUAGUUGUUUGAAAUUUCCAUACAGCUUUAUGAAAAAUGGUUUUUCCAAUUAAUUGCUAGCAAAGCCAUUGUGUUUUUGAAGAGAUAAGGUUCACAGAAAUUUAGCCUCAGUUUUACAAUAUACCCUACUAUCAUGUAGUAUUUAAUUUUGUUUUACUUGAAAUAAUCUCAUGGGAUGAUUAUAUAUUUUAUGUAAUUAUAAAAUCCCACAUUGUUAGAUAUUGUAACUUUUGAAAGACACUUUCAAUCUCAUAUCCUAUUGUUGGCUCAUUCAGUUUUUAUGAUUUAUUUUAGAACUAUCAAAUAUUUUUUAAAAUAUGCUAUGCCAUAUAAACUAUCUUUGUGCUUUUUUUUUUCUCUUUAACCCAACACAUGCCUAUGAGCACCUACACUGUUUAAAAAACUGUGUUAGGUCUACAUGGGAUUCACUAUAAAUAUGGGCAAAUUACAGAAUAAUUCUAAUUUUAACUUUCAAGUUGAAGUGAUUACCAGUAAUCAUUAUACCCAGAAUCAUGAUUCCAGUGAUAGACACCACCAGUUUAGCCAUAACUUUAGUUCAAAGUUAUAGGCAUAAUAUAUUGUUGAAUCAAGAUUAAGAGUGCUAUGCAUCAUAUGAUCCUUUUUGUUGUGGAUUAAAUUCUGUUCCCUGAAAAGAUAUGUUAAAGUCCUAAACCAAAGUACCUCUGAAUGUGACCUUAUUUGGAAAUAGGGUCUUUGCAUAUGUAAUCCAGUUCACAUGAGUUCAUACUGAAUUGGGGUGGGGGGGCAUAAUCCAAUAUCACUGAUGUGCUUGUAAGAAAUGGAAAAAAGACAGACACACAGAUGCAGAAAGUAGAACGUAUUGUGAACAUGACCAUGUGAAGACAGAGUCAAAGAUUGGAGUUACGCUGCUACAAGCGAAGAAAUUCCUUGGGCAACCAGAAGCUAGGAAGAGGCAAAGAAGGAUUCUUCCCUAGAACUUUCAGAACCUUGCUGACACCUUGAUUUUAGACCUGUGGCCUCCAAAAUUGUGAGAGUAAAUCUCUGUUGAUUUAAGCCACUCAGUUUGUGGUAUUUUGUGACAGCCACUCUAGGAAACUAAUAUUUUGUUUUUUCUAAAAAUAGUGGUAGACAUAGGGAGCUUAUAUAUUUGUUUAUGUUCAAAUGAGGAUAACAAGAGGUAAGACAUAUAAUCGUCAGACUCAUACUAUUGCUUUCUUUUGGGGGGAAAACUAAGAGCUUAAUUCUUUACAUACCUGUAAUUUAUCACUUCUUACAAUAAGCGUAUAUUUUUAAUUUUAAAAAUAUUUGAUAAAGAAAUUUAAUGGGUUGGGGGUAGUGAGUUCCAAUUUUAAAUAAGCAUUUAAAUUAUAUUCUACAACAUAUUUAGCAAUUUGGAUAGAAAGAGACUUAUGAGGGCCCUUUAAAAAAGUGAAACCAGUACCCCCAACAAGGGGUUGAAAUCUAGUUGAUCCUAAAGUACAAAGUCUAAGAAGAGACUUGUGAGGGAAAAGUAUACAUACAGAAGAUGACUAAAAUUGUAGGGAUGGCAGGCCUCAGUAUGUUCACACAGGAAUUUGCUCCCACCACUCAUAGCAACAAUCCCCUCCAUGGAGAUAUGCUGCUACUGUUCCUACGCCACCUAAAGUUUUUCCUUACAAGUGGGACAAAAAAAGGGGGGAAGAUAAAGGAUGACUUCAUUCACCAACAUUUGGCUCAGCACCACUUUCUUUUCCUACCUCAACUUCUCUCCUUUUGCUCUCAGACUAAAAAGCAGAAAACAAAUGUGGUAAGAGAGAGCAAGACACUUAGCAGGAUUUAAACCCUAAUGCCAUAUAACCUAAAUGAUGCAACUUGGGACUGGAAUGGGUCUUGGGCCCUGCAUACCACUGGGCCACUGCUUCUACAAAUGGUCGCUGGUGCAGAUUAAUAAAUCAAGCAUCAGAUUUGCCCAGAUUUAGGGAGCUGCAUGAUUCAUUUCUGUCCCUAGCACAUAGACUUCAGUAGUAGCAGCAACAACUUGCCUCAUUGUCCAUAAACAUGGGUUUGAAUUCCAGGGUCAUGAUCUAGGAAUCCUGGGCUUCUUGUGAUGAAAAAUUUAAGCCCAGACUGAGGGCAAUAAAACUAUUCCUUUCAGUCUCAAGCAGAUAGUGGUAGUGAGCUGAGAGUUUGGGGGAGGGGGACAAAAAGAAAAGGGUAAGGUUCUUGCCAGGAGUCUGUAGACACAGCUGACAAGUAACUCACUGAAGUGAAGGAUAGGUAAGAAGAAAAUAUUCAGGAUGAAGCUUGGAGAGAAGACAGAAAAUACACAUAACAGGAUAAGAGACAUGGAAACAGAAGUUCUAAAGUAUAUCACAUUAGAAUAACAAAAAGAGAGAGGAAUAAUGGGGAAGAUGCAAUAUUUGAAAAGAUUAUAGCUGAGAACUUUCCAAAAUUUAGGAAACACACUUACAGGCACAGAGUCAAGAAGUCUUAUGAACCCCAAACAAAAUAAAGAGGCACAUCAUGAAAAAAUUGUUGAAAACAAAUGACAAAGAAAAAAUCUGAAAACUGCCAAAGCAGGUUAAAAACAGGCUACUGAAAACGAAGUAACAAUCAGAACCUAGCUUUUCAACAGAAAAAUUGAAGCCAGAAGACAAUGAGACCAUAUCUUUUAGGUGUUGACCAAAAAUAACUGCAUCCUGUGAUUCUGUACCCAGCAAAAAUAUCUCUCAAGAAUAUGAGGGAGAAAAUUUUCAGGCGUGAUAGUAAUGAAUUUGUCAAAACUCAUUUGUUUGUACACUUAUGGUUUGUUCAUUUCAUUGUAUAUAUUUUUUCCUUCAAAAAAAUAAACACUGAACUCUAGUUAAUGUGCAUGCUUAAGUAUUUAGGAAUAGAGUGUAGUGAUGACUGUAAUUUACUUUGAAAUGCAUCCAAAAAUGUAAUGUGGAUUGAUAGUUAGUGGAUGAAUAGAUGGUCCUUGUAAAAUUCUUUACUUUUCUGUCUUUAAAAAAUGUCUUAAAUGUUGAGUAAGAAAUAAAAGAAGAAAUUUUCAAACAAAA